CCUGGGGAGCGGCCGCCUUGGAGGCGCAGGCUGCGCGGCUGGGCCGAGGCCAGGCAGCCCUGAGCGUUGGGGGCGCCCAGGUUUGUUCGGGGGCUUCGGCGACCGCAGCUAGCUCCUCGCCCCGGGGACACUUCCAGGUUGGACGAGAAAAGUCACUGCCUCGAGACUGGAGCGACGGGGCAGCCCCCAUCCCCAUCUUGUCUGGCCGCCCUUAUUCCCCUAGUCUUCUCAGCUGGAGGCCCGCCCAGAGGAGCUGCAAGGUGGCUUUGUGUUUUUGAUCUCUCUACUCACCAGGACCAGUCUUUCUUAGAUCCCUGACAUCUCCGUGAACCAUAAAAUGAAAGGCUAAACUAGUUUAUUUAGAUACCUGUUUGGAGGUUAUGGAUGAUAAACCCAAUCCUGAUACCCUAAGUGAGAGUUCAGAGCGUCUCUUCUCCUUUGGAGUUAUUGCAGAUAUUCAAUAUGCUGAUUUAGAAGAUGGCUAUAAUUUCCAAGGAAACAGGCGGCGAUACUACAGACACAGUCUUCUUCACUUACAGGAGGCCAUUGAAGACUGGAAUAAUGAAAGCAGCACACUCUGUUGUGUCCUUCAGCUUGGAGAUGUCAUUGAUGGGUAUAAUGCACAGUAUAAAACAUCGGAGAAGUCCCUAGAACUUGUUAUGAACACAUUCAAGAAGCUUAAAGUUCCAGUUCACCAUACAUGGGGAAAUCAUGAGUUCUAUAACUUCAGUAGAGACUAUUUAACAAACUCUAAACUUAACACAAAGUUUCUAGAAGCCCAUAUUGUGCAUCAUCCUGAGACUGUGCCUUCAGAGAAUUACUAUGCUUACCAUUUUGUACCAUUCCCUAAAUUCCGGUUUAUUUUACUUGAUGCUUAUGACUUGAGUGUCUUGGGCAUGGAUCAGUCUUCUCCAAAAUACCAGCAGUGUAUGAAGAUGCUGAGGGAGCACAAUCCAAAUACGGAACUGAAUAGUCCUCAAGGACUUUCUGAGCCCCAGUUUGUCCAGUUUAAUGGAGGAUUCAGUCAAGAACAGCUGAACUGGUUGAAUGAAGUUCUUACAUUCUCUGACACAAACCAAGAAAAAGUGGUGAUCGUGAGCCAUCUUCCCAUUUUCUCAGAGUCCUCCGACGACGUAUGCCUGGCCUGGAACUACAGAGACGCCCUGGCAGUCAUUUGGUCCCAUGAGUGUGUGGUGUGUUUCCUUGCUGGUCACACUCAUGAUGGUGGCUACUCUGCAGAUCCUUUUGGUGUACACCAUGUCAGUCUAGAAGGAGUUAUUGAAACAGCUCCAGACAGCCAAGCGUUUGGCACAGUUCAUGUCUAUCCUGACAAAAUGAUGUUGGAAGGGAGAGGCAGAGUUCCAGAUAGAAUUAUGAAUUAUAAGAAGGAAAAAGGGUUCCAUUGUUAGUCUCAUAUAUUUUAGUCUGAUCUCACAAAGAGAAAUGAGCUUUGUGUUUGCCCCCCCAAAACAAAAAUAAAAAUCCUCAGUCUCAUUGUUUAUUAUUCUGCUUGUAUAACGAAAUAUAUUUAUGAGUUCAGUGUGCUUUAGUUAAAUAAAUAUUCAGAUAAGAUAUUCAGAACUGUCAUUUUGGAUAACUUAUCCAGUAUGAGUUAGAAACAUAUCAGGGAGGAGAAUGAAGAAGGGUCAUAUAGUCUUCAUAAAAGAUUUUUUUUGUCCUUACCUGAAAACUUUUUACUUUUUAUAAGAAUGUAUUCAUGUGUUAACUGUGUAACUUAAAAUUCAUAAUUAAAAAAAUAAUUAUGGUAAA